CGGCCUCCGGAGUCCCCUCGCUGCGGCCGCGCUUCACCCCGCGCUGGCGACUCGGUGCCUGGCUUCUCCCCCGCCGCAGCCGCGGCGCGCCGGGGCCCUGCAGAUGGCCAGUCCUGGGCUGGAGCUGGGAGAGGUUCAGCCUCCUCCCGAGCCCCCCCAGCCUGAGCUGGCCUUCACCGAGGCUCAGAAGUGGAUCGAGCAAGUGACGGGCAGAAGUUUUGGUGAGAAAGAUUUUCGUUCUGGCUUAGAAAACGGCAUUCUUCUGUGUGAGUUGCUGAAUGCAAUAAAGCCGGGAUUGGUAAAAAAGAUCAAUAGACUACCGACCCCUAUUGCAGGUUUGGAUAAUAUCAUAUUAUUCUUAAGAGGCUGCAAAGAACUGGGACUUAAAGAAUCUCAGCUUUUUGAUCCUGGUGAUCUGCAGGACACAUCAAAUAGAGUAACCAUCAAGAACGCUGACUAUAGUAGGAAGCUGAAAAAUGUAUUAGUCACCAUUUAUUGGCUAGGGAAAGCAGCAAACAGCUGCACAUCAUACAGUGGAUCAACCCUGAACCUGAAGGAGUUUGAAGGCUUCCUGGCACAAAUGAGAAAGGAAACAGAGGAUAUUGAGAGCCCCAAGCGCAGCAUUCGUGACAGCGGCUAUAUAGACUGCUGGGACUCUGAACGCAGUGAUUCCCUCUCCCCACCUCGCCACGGCAGAGAUGAUUCCUUUGACAGUCUGGACUCCUUUGGCUCCCGCUCGCAGCAGACACCAUCUCCAGAUGUAGUGCUCAGAGGGAGUAGUGAUGGGAGAGGAAGUGACUCGGAAACUGACCUGCCACACAGAAAGAUGCCAGAUGUGAAAAAAGAUGAUAUGUUGGCGAGGCGGACCUCACACGGUGAACCUAAAUCAGCUGUGCCUUUUAACCAGUACCUCCCAAACAAGAGUAAUCAGACUUUCUAUGUACCUGCUCCGCUUCGGAAAAAGAAAGCUGAACGAGAGGAGUACCGAAAGAGCUGGAGCACAGCGACUUCACCACUAGGAGACAGACCUUUCAGCAAACCCCACCCUGAAACCAUAGAAGAAGAACUGAAUGAAACAUCGGGACUGUGUGAAAGGGAGAAAGUGGGCUCCAUGGCUCCUGAAGCAAGCUCCCUUAAAAAUCAAUUAGGUGUAAAUCAAAGUGAAGAAAACUCCACAGACCAGUCUUCUUCAUGUAGUGCAAAGGAAACAUCAGCCAAGGGGAAAGAUGUGGAAGAGAUCAGAAAGUUAAGAAGACUCGAACAAGCUGGUAUUAAGGUCAUGUCAGCAGCCCAGCGCUAUGGCAGUGUCAGUAAAACGCCAAUAUGUGAAGACAGUGGAAGCACCCCAGACAUCAUCCUUCGCAAGGACAACCCCUUCAUGACACAUUAUCAAGGAAAGGAUUCUGGUUCGGAAGAUGAAACAAACAGCAGAGUUCCUGAUUUAGAAAAGGAUGACUUUGCCACCCGGAGAGCCAGAAUGAAUCAACCCAGACACAUAGUUCCAUUUAACUCCUUUUUAGUUGGACCCUAUGCAAGUAAAGAGAAGGGUAAACGGGAAGAUGUUAAAAAGCCAUUGCAGAUGGAAAAAAAGGAACAUGCAAGAAGAAGACGGGUUCACAUGACAUCAGUAAGGCAAAUAGUUACAAGCAAAGAGAACCCACUUCUGCAAAGUGAGAAGAGUGAGUCAGAGGAGGAACAGCAGGUGAAAGAGCUUGAUAAUGAGAGAGAUGAUUUGGCGAAACGGAAAUCUCAAAGCAUCCUUCCUCAGCUACAAGAAGAUGUGCUUUUUGUCAAUGCAUCUAUAACAAAAGCAGAUCUGGAGACCUGGAAAAGAUUGAAACUGUCAGGGGAGCCCAGUGAAGAAGAUUUCAGAUGUUCCAGCAACACUCUGCCACCAACUGAUACCACGGUGAAAGCAGUAGCCUGUGAUGAUUUUGCUGUCCGCAAAACUAGAGCAAACAAAAAGUCUGGUAGCCCCAAGCAGAAGUUUGUGCAUUUUGGGCCAGUAACUGAGAUUGAUCAGCAGAAAUGGGACAAGCUCGUUAUUGGCAGAAGUUCAUCCAAGAGUGGAACAGAAGAGGAAAGCAAGAAAAAUGGUGUGGGGAGUCUCUCUGGUGUUGAAAACUCUCCUUCAACCACUGUCAGUCAUGGGUUUGCUGAACACAGCAGUGAAGUAUCUGAGCCAGAAAAUGAGUCCAGUGAGGGAGGAGUCAAGUCAGGUACAGAUGACUCUUGCAGGAAAGUUCCAUCACCUGUAGCAGCUCCUGAUGUCACCUCUGAGGAACAAACCCCACGGAGUUUGAGCAAACAGCAAGAAAGCACCAAGGAAGAAUGUGACAGGAAUUUACCAGAUGUUGAGAGAGAUGAUAUGUUGGUUAGAAGGAUGGGAACUUUUCCGAGGCAUACCACAAGCUCCAUUCCCAUAAAUUGUCCUCCCCUGUCAGUAGCUCCUUAUCUGCUGCAGCAGCAACAAGAGAAGGCUAUAACUCAUAAAAAGGAUUUGAAGAUUCUGCAGGAAGGAGAAAGUACUAUCACACAAGAAGAGAGCCAAGAACAGCUUGAAAUCCCUCAGCUGCAGAGUGAUGGAACAGAAAACAACAUGAAAUUUCCAGACCCAAAAAGAGAUGACAUGUUAGCCAGAAGAACCAGAGCUUUUCUUAAACAGCCUGGGCCCAGUGUUAAACAGUUCCUUCCCAUGCCAUUUUCAAAGCAGCAGAAUAAGCAGGGCACAGCUACAGAACUUGAGAAGAAAACCACGAGGCCUGAAAAAUGUCCACAAGGCUACACUAAUAGCUCUGGAAAACCUGCAAUAGAACCAGCUCAGGAACAGCAGCAAGGACAAGAGGACAGUCUCCCACCUACAGAACAAGAUGAGAUUAUUAGUCAUGCCCAGGUGGCUGAAGACAGCCACAAUGAUGUCCACCUUGGUCAAACAUCUAAGCUUCAGGAGGUUCCUGAGGAAAACAAAAUGGAAACACUUCCAUCCAAGGAUGAGCAUCUGCAAACAUUCGGCCCCAGAACUGCUGUGUCUGAUGACGCAGAGAGUAUGAGUAUGUUUGACAUGAGAUGUGAAGAGGAAGCUGUGGCUCAGCCUCACAGCAAAGCUCGCCAUGAGAAGCUGCAGAAUAUAAACAACCAGCUGAAAGAGGAUGAGACCAGAUGGCAAGAUGACCUGGCUCGGUGGAAAAGUCGUCGAAGGAGUGCUUCACAGGAUUUGAUUAAAAAGGAAGCUGAGAGAAAGAAAAUGGAGAGGUUAUUGGCUGGAGAUGGAAUGAAUGAGCGCAGAAAAAGCAUCAAAACCUACCGAGAAAUCGUGGAGGAGAAAGAGAGAAGGGAGCGGGAGCUUCAUGAGGCAUACAAGAAUGCAAAGACACAGGAGGAGGCUGAGAGCAUCCUCCAGCAGUACACUGAAAGAUUCACUAUCAGUGAAGCUGUCCUUGAGCGUUUGCAGAUGCCAAAAAUUCUGGAAAGAAGCCAUUCAGUGGAACCAAAUUCCCCACUGAAAGACCCAAAUCCUCUGAGAUAUUUAAGGCAGCAGUCACUUCCUGCUCCAAAAUUCACUGCCACAAUUGAAGCAACCAUUGUUCCCGCCACUGAACUAGAGCCCAGCAGUUCAACAGGACGCACAUCUCCCAGCAAAAGUGUCUCCAAGGCUGUGCCUAUGCUGACACCCAAGCCUUACUCACAACCCAAAAAUACACAGGAAGUUUUAAAGAACUUUAAGGUAGAUGGAAAAGUCAGCAUGAAUGGAGAAAAUGUCAACGGCAUGGAAGAAAAGGAUAAAGAAUGUACAACAGUAAUAUUUACUCCUUCACCAACCAGAUCUCUGAAAUUUGAUGGAGUAGCCAGAGGGGACAGGCCCCCAGUAGAGUUGAAGAAGGACCCCCCAAGUGUUGAGCUCAGUUUACAGAGGCCUGCCACUCAGAGUGUGCUCAAAGAGCCAACAGCCUCUCCGAUGGAACUGGAUGGAGCUGACAGCCUGCAAGCCGAGCCCAGCCCCAGCAGCGUGGCACCUGCCACCCCGGAGAGCCCAUCCCCAGAAGAAACCGCUUCAAGCAAGAAAGAUGUGAAGAAAGCUGAAAUAGAGCAGCAGAAGGAAGCAGAGCUCCCUCCUACACAGGAGGUGAUUAAAGCAAAAACCUUGGAAGAAAAGGGGAAUGUAGUGCUGCCAUUUUUAAAGAAACUACCUGAAACCAGCCAAGUUACUCUGCAUAAUUCUGGUCUACAAGCUGAUUCUGAUACUGGUGAUAAAUCAAAUCGUUUCAAUUUUUGGUCAUGGGAUCCAGAAGAAGAGCGAAAGCGCCAGGAAAGGUGGCAGCAUGAGCAAGAGCGCUUGCUUCAGGAGAAGUAUCAGAAGGAGCAGUACAAGCUGAAAGAGGAAUGGGAAAAGGCCCAGAGAGAAGUUGAAGAGGAGGAGCGUAGAUACUAUGAGGAGGAACGCAAAAUAAUUGAGGAUACUCUAGUUCCAUUCAUUGUUUCUUCAAACUCUGCUGAGCUCCUCUCCUCUUCUUCCUCUACCAGUGAAGGAAACAAGACAGUGAACUCAACUGAUUCAAACAGCUGUCCAGGGGAAGGCAGACAAAAAGAAGUUACAAAGCAGAAAAAGUUGCUCUGGGAGCAGGACAGCAUGUCAUCUCUGAAAAGCAAGGAAAACGAACUCUGGCAGGAAAAGAGGAGUGGAAAUAAAGGACUCUCAGGAUACCCAGAGACUGGUGUCUUGAAAGGAGGAAGUGAACAGGAGCACCACAUGCCGGUGAUGGAGCGCAGCUCACCUGCCAGACUGAAUUUGCCACUGACUCAGGAUGAGAAUGUCUCCUGCAAUCAGCAGUUGCUGACAAAGCGAUCUCCACAGUGUGCAGAGGACGUUCGGCAGAGAUCGUUCCUGGGCCAGGCUGGCGGACAGCAACCAAGCUCCGCAGGGGAAGCAAGGAGGGCAGGUUAUCAUGAGAACUUCCGAUCUGGGCCGUCAUCUCUCUGCUCUCCUGCUGCUCUGAGUCAGUCACCCAACAGGUCUGUCAGCGGGAAGAAGCUUUGUUCUACCUGUAGUCUCCCUCUUGGAAAAGGAGCCGCCAUGAUUAUUGAAACACUUGGUCUUUAUUUCCAUAUUCAGUGCUUCAGGUGUGGCGUUUGCAAGGGACAGCUGGGAGAUGCAGCAAGUGGCACAGAUGUCAGGAUUAGAAAUGGUCUUCUUAACUGCAAUGAUUGUUAUAUCCGAUCCAGAACUGCUGGACAGCCAACUACAUUGUGACAUGACUUUCAGUCCUAAUAACUUUCAAGAAGGAACUCUCUUCUCGUAUGUAUCGGCUGCCUCCAGACAAUCACUUGUAAAAGCUUGAAUCCAUGGACAUGAUGGCUCUCAUCUUGUUUUUAAAAACUCACAAAAAAGCUGCACCUGCUCCUUUGAAAUGCAAUAUGUUGGUUUUUGCUUCCUUAAGAAAUUUGCAAAAUAUAUAUGGCCAUGUUUGGAAAGGCAAAGUCUAAGUACUAUAAAAAAAACAAAACCACCUUUCUGGUCUGCUUAUGAUACCCAGUCCGUUACCCUGUUCUUUUGAAAGUAAUAAGAGAAUAAACAUGCAAUAAAGCUGUUUUUGUUUUAAUA